CAUAAUGGUCAAACCUUGAAAAGAUCUGGCAUUUUAACUUCCACUAUAUAGUAUGUGUUUGUUUUAUCCUCCGACAACUACUGUCCAACAAAUUGCGCAGGAAUUUAGUUUCCGAUUCAAGCAAAGUUCAUGCAUGCAUUCUUAUAAAUCUCAAAUCGAUGUCUCGUCCAUGUCUCGCAACUUUUUAAGAGAUAUAUGCUGGCUUUUCUUUUUAUUUUCCCCUUAAAUUUUCGCGUGUAUAUAUAUUGAUGUACAUACAGAUAUUUCCUUUCAUAAUUAAGUAGUAACACAUUUAGGAUAUAUAGCAUUAAUAUUCAUAGAUAAUAAUGGACCCUCUUACUCUUGGAAGGUUGUUAGGAGAUGUUGUUGAUCCCUUUACAAGUUCUGUGUCUUUGAGGAUUGCGUAUAACAAUAACUCAGAAGUAGUCAAUUGUUCUGACUUCAAACCCUCCCAAAUUACCAAACAACCAAGAGUUGAUGUUGGUGGUGAUGAUUUUAGGACCUUUUACACUCUGAUUAUGGUAGACCCUGAUGCACCUAGUCCUACUAAUCCCAAUAUGAGGGAGUAUUUGCAUUGGUUGGUAAUUAACAUUCCAGGAACUACAGGGGCGAGCUUCGGGCAAGAGAUAAUGAAGUACGAGAGUCCAGAACCAACGGCAGGAAUACAUAGAAUAGUGUUUGUGCUGUACAAGCAAAUGGUGGGGAGGCAACUGAUACACGCUCCGACGUGGCGUAACAACUUUAACACUCGCGACUUUGCUCAAGUUUACAAUCUCGGAUCUCCUGUUGCUGCUGUGUACUUCAAUUGCCACCGGGAGAGUGGUUGUGGUGGAAGGAGAAUGAUCUAGCGUGAAAGUGAUAGGAUAAUACUGAUCCAAUAGCAUAUAGCUAGGCAAAUAAAUUGAUAAGUACUUCAAUUUAAUACAUAUGUAUGUGUGUGUGUUUUUUUUUUUAAGAAUCAGUAGCUAGAUCUUGAUAUAAAAGAAUACUUAAAUAAGUGGGAAGUUGUCUGCUGGGCUUUCGUUAAUUCCUCCUAUAUAUGCAAUGUAUGCUUCUU